AUGGCGACUCAUGAUUUAACAUGUCCAUCACCAAUGAAGGCCACGUCCAACGGGGCAUUCCAACAUGAAAACCCGCUGGAUUAUGCACUUCCCUUAUUAAUCGUUCAGAUAUGUUUGGUGGUUGCAUUUACCAGAUUCCUUGCAUUCAUUUUGACGCCUCUCAGACAACCCAGAGUCAUUGCAGAGGUUAUUGGAGGAAUACUACUAGGACCAUCUGCAAUUGGGAGGAGCGAGAAAUUUCUAAACACAUUUUUCCCCAAGAAAAGUUUAACCGUUCUUGAGACAAUUGCCAAUGUUGGCCUUCUAUUUUUCUUGUUUCUAGUGGGUCUUGAGCUUGACAUGCGUUCUAUAAGGAGAACUGGUCAUAAGGCCUUAUGCAUUGCCCUUGCUGGAAUCACAGUACCUUUUGUACUUGGCAUUGGCACAUCAUUUGCACUUAGAGCCACCAUAUCCAAAGGUGUUGAUCCAGCCUCGUUCCUUGUCUUCAUGGGUGUUGCUCUCUCAAUCACUGCAUUUCCUGUCCUUGCUCGUAUCCUAGCUGAGCUCAAACUCCUCACAACUGAUGUUGGUCGCAUAGCAAUGUCAGCUGCUGCUGUCAAUGAUGUUGCAGCUUGGAUACUACUGGCUCUUGCCAUUGCUCUCUCUGGCUCUGAGACAUCCCCACUCGUUUCUUUAUGGGUCUUGCUUUGUGGUGCUGGUUUUGUACUCUUUGCUAUCUUUGCCAUAAAACCCUUGCUUGGAAUAAUGGCUAAGCGUUCCCCUGAGGGUGAACCAGUGAAGGAGAUCUAUAUAUGCUUCAUCUUGACACUAGUCUUGGCUUGUAGUUUUGUCACUGAUACUAUUGGCAUUCACGCACUCUUUGGGGCUUUUGUAGUUGGCGUUAUUAUGCCCAAAGAUGGUCCCUUAGCUGGGGUGUUGACUGAGAAGAUAGAGGACCUUGUAAUGGGUCUUUUCUUGCCACUCUAUUUUGUGUCCAGUGGUUUGAAGACUAAUGUGGCAACCAUAAGUGGAGCACUUUCUUGGGCUUUACUAGUCCUUGUUAUAUUCACUGCUUGCUUUGGAAAGAUCAUUGGCACAUUAACUGUGUCAAUGUUAUGUAAGGUGCCAUUUAGAGAGGCCCUCACCCUUGGAUUUCUCAUGAACACCAAAGGCUUGGUGGAGCUCAUUGUUCUCAACAUUGGCAAGGAUCGCAAGGUACUGAACGACCAGGCAUUUGCAAUUUGUGUUCUAAUGGCAUUGUUGACCACUUUCAUCACCACACCAAUAGUGAUGGCAGUUUAUAAACCAGCUCGCAGGGGAUCACCUUACAUGCACAAAACGAUUCAGCGCAAAGAUCCUGACACAGAGCUUCGGGUGCUGGCUUGCUUCCACAGUACUCGCAACAUUCCUACCUUAAUCAAUCUUAUAGAGUCUUCCAGGGGAACCAGGAAGCGAGGAAAGUUAUGCAUAUAUGCCAUGCACUUGAUGGAACUCUCAGAGCGACCUUCAGCUAUCACAAUGGUUCAUAAGGCACGUAAAAAUGGCAUGCCCUUUUGGAACAAAAUACAUGACGACAAAGAUCAAAUGGUCAUUGCAUUUCAGACUUAUGGGCAGCUAAGUAGUGUCAAUGUUCGUCCCAUGACAGCCAUCUCUCCUCUCAACAACAUUCAUGAGGACAUUUGUACAAGUGCACACCAAAAGCGAGUAGCAAUGAUUCUCCUCCCAUUCCACAAACACCAACGUAUUGAUGGGACUAUGGAGUCACUGGGAAACUCAUUCCAUGUAAUGAAUGGCCUUGUUCUUAGCCAUGCUCCUUGCUCGAUAGGAAUUUUGGUUGAUCGUGGCCUUGGAGGGACAAGCCAGGUACAAGCUAGUGAUGUGUCCUACAACGUUGCUGUAGCCUUCUUUGGAGGAUGUGAUGACCGUGAAGCACUUGCCUAUGGUAUGAGAAUGGCUGAGCACCCUGGGAUUUUGCUCACUGUUACUAAGUUUGUUGCUUCACCUGGGAAGACAUUGGCCUUUGGUGCCAAAUUGGUUGGUGUAACAGCCAACAAGGACAGGAAGGUAAUAAAAGUGGCUGAUGGCACUAACCACGAUGAAGAUAAACAAGAGGAUGACAAAUUUUGGUCUGAGUUCUUAAGUGUAUGCAGCAAGAGCGAAGGGUCUAUAGUAUAUGAGGAAAGGUUGGUGGAAAGCAAAGAAGAUCUUGUAACCGUAUUGAGGGAACGGAAUAAGAGCAAUCUGAUUUUGGUAGGUAGAAUGCCACCAGUAGCACCUUUGGUAGACAGAAGUGAUUGCCCAGAGCUUGGUCCUGUUGGAAGUUACUUGGCUUCUUCGGAGUUCUCCACUUCUGCAUCAGUUAUAGUGUUUCAGCAAUAUGAUCCCAAAACAGACGUUUAUCCACUGGUGAUGGAGGUUUCUGAUUACUCAAAUAACUCACCAAAGCAUACACCAUAG